AUGAUUAUCGCAAGCCCUGCCAAAAAGGAGCUUGCUAUACAGCUGCAAGUGCUACAAACACCAACAAGCCCCACAACAACGUCGACAUCAUCCUCUGUGGUAGCAGCUGCCACUUCUUCGACCAUCACCACCCCGAAUAGUCCAGAAAGAGUCUGUUUCCCUCAUGAAUACUGUAGCAAUCCCAACGCACAUCAGCAUCAAGACGUUGUCACUGUUUCCAAACGGGAACUAGGCAAGCCAGUGCAAUGUCAGGCAUUUAUUCACAAUGAUACCGUGUUUCUCACUUGUCCCGUGAUGGAUUGUUUAUCUAACUGGGCAGACGGCGAGUUUCAGUCUUGCAUUACGCAUCUGAUUGAACUUGCCGAGGAGAAAACAGGUUGCGAGUACCUCGUCAUUGCUAUCGACCGCAGACAUCUUGAUAAUAACACGGUGCUCAAGGCAUUCAUGUAUCUUGGAUUUCAAAUGAUUGAACCUUCGGUGUAUGGUCAAGAACUAGGUUAUGUUCUUGUUGGCUAUGAGCUGUAA